AUGACUUCGAAGCAACAAACAUCCUCCUCAUCGUCAUCGCUCUAUGGCAUCCAACGUUCCAAACAAAGCGCUACUAGCCAAAAGGAUCUCUCUUCAUCCUCGACCCUCGCCUUCACGACCCAUCUCUCGUCACUAAUCUCCAAAGAUGCGACAUCCACAUCCCAGUCUUCUUCUAGUCGCGGACGACGCAGUCGCCCGUCCAAAGACUCCAAACCAGACAUAUUCGCCGUCCACAACAAAGGCGCCCUAAAACGCGCGGCAGCCGACGAGGCAGAAGACGUGCACGGCGUUCGACAACAACAUCAACAAGCACACCAAAACUCCGACGCAGUCGGCCAGGUCGAUGCAGCAACACUUCAGCGCUCAAAACGGCGCAUGGAAGAGAAAGCGCAUAUUUACGAAGAUCUGAAAAAGGGAUAUCAUCUCGCCGAGGGGGAAAGCAGCGAUGAUGACGAUAUGGCUGAUGGUAGUAGUGAUGCUCGCAUGCGUCGGAGAGAGAAGAAUGCGCUUGUAGAUUUUGACCGCAAAUGGGCCGAACAAGAGCACAAUGGCGAUGAUGACGACGACGAAGAAACCAGAUCAAUGGUCGACUACGAAGACGAAUUUGGCCGAACACGCCAGGGAACAAAAGCCGAAGCCGCGCAGGCCGCACGAGCAAGACGAAGCCAACAACAACUCGAAGGCGAAGAAGGAAAAGAUGCAUCUCGACCCGCACGCCCAUCGAACCUAAUCCACGGCGAAGCCAUACAAUCGCACGCAUUCAACCCGGAUGCCGCCAUGGCCUCGCAAAUGGCGUUUCUGGCUGCCCGGCGUGACCGCUCACCGACACCGCCAGAACAGGCACACUACGAUGCCGAGGCUGAAGUGCGGACGCGCGGGACGGGGUUUUACAAGUUUUCGGCAGAUGAAAAGACACGCGAGAAGGAGAUGGAGGAACUGCUCAGCACGCGCAGGGAAACGGAGCGAGAGCGCGAGAUACGUGGCGAGCGCAGGGCUGAACGGGAUCGGAUCAAGGAGGAGCGGAAGAGGAAAGUGCAGGAGUUGCGGAGCAGGCAUCAUGCAGAGCGUUUUCUCAAGGGCUUGAGCGUUGACCUGGGCUGA